CUCUUUUUCAUUUUCCCUUCCCUCAUAUAUAAACUCCUCCUUCCCGGCGAUUUCCAAAACAGCACCACAAACACUCGCAAACAGAAACAAUAUACAAACCCAAAGAACUUCUCCGCAAGAAAGAUAAAAUCGCGAGAAACAAACAGCCGAGAGAGAGAUAUAUAAAGAGGAGGGAUCAGAGCUCUCAUCAGAGAGUCCGUGUGUGUUGUGAGAUUUCAAUGGUGUAUUCUGGAGAGUCAGGAGAGAAAGCAAAAAGGUUGGUUAUGGCGAUGGGAACGGAGAGGUCGAAGCCACCGCUUCAUAAUUUUAAUCUGCCUUGCUUGAAGUGGGGGAAUCAGAAACAUCUUCGCUGCAUGAAAGUUUCCGAUUCAUCUACUUCUAAGGAUAAGAACAUCAGCAGUGGAAUCUCCACCGAUCGCAUUCGCAGCAGCCGAUCUCCUCCGUCUAAAUUUGUUGCUCCUGCGGAUUACGAAACUCGCCCAUUCAAGAGACCAAAAGCUAGAUAUGACGGCGGCGGCGGCGGCGAUGGCCAGGGUGGGAUCGGUGAAGUUAGAGAGAAGCUGGUAUUUGAUUUCAAAACGGCCGCAGAUAAGAUGAAAGAUGCAAUUUUGAUGAAAGAAGUAUCAGGUGAAGGAGGCCAGUUGCGGGUGGUUCAGCGGCACGAGAAGGUAGAUAAGGAAGAGGAAGUGGAGGAGCAAUCUCCCUCUUCAGUUCUACCGUCGGCGGUUGUUGCGGAGGCAGAGCAAGAGGUGAGACCUUGGAAUCUGCGAAAAAGGAGAGCGGCAUGUAAAGCUCCGAUUGUCGGAAAUUCUGUUACUGGGAAGGGCUUGAAAAUUGAGGAGAAGAAUGUCUGGAAUUAUUCGCCGUCGAGGAGUGAGAGCGCGAAAUCGCCUAGGCUUAGAGGAGAUAAAAAGGAAAGAGAGGAUGAGAAGGAAAAGGAGACGGAGAAGGUGAAGACGAAGUUUGCAUUGGCGCUCUCAAGGAAGGAGAUCGAGGAGGAUUUUAUGGAGAUGGUUGGUCAUAGACCAGCUCGGCGGCCCAAGAAGCGAAACAGGAACGUGCAGAAGCAGUUGGAUAUGCUCUUUCCUGGAUUGUGGUUGACGGAGAAUAUUACCGUUGACACAUAUAAGGUGCCGGAGUUACCUGAUAAUGGGAAGAGGUAGUAAUUGGAGCGGUGGAUUUUAAGCAAAGAUCAAAUUUCAAGGCUUCUGUUUGCUGACUACUAUGGUAACUUGAGAUUCGUAAUGCCAGUUUAGGAGAAUAGCACACCAUCUUCGAGAAUAGGGAUUUGAUUUCAUAAAUUUGCUAGUGACCCAAUGAGGUGUAAGUUCAGUUGCUCUGAAAUUGCUAAUUUUGUUCUCUUCAAUUAUGAUUCUUUCUCUCUUCCUUGUUUAUCGAAAUAAUGUUGUGUAAAGAAAAAGGUUGUCAGAUGUUCAUGUCCUUAAAUGUAAGUAAGGGAAUGCCUUGUUCUUACCAAUUUGGUAUGUUAUUGAUGAAUCCAUUCUCCGCCUUGAAA